CAGUCUUUUAAAUACAGUCUUUUCUCUCUCGGUCUCUCCCUCCGUCACCUUCCAAUGCUCUGCUGCGCAGCAAACUCAUCGAAAACACAUCAUCGCGUUGCUGUGUAUUGAGUGUUGACCCCUUUCUCUCUCAAUUCUCAAAGGGGUCCCCAAACACACAACUUCUAAUUCUCCCUUUCUCUCUCACACACACGCACACUUGAAUUCCUCAUCUUCUUCUACGACGUCAUCAUCAUAAUAAUAAGCUAAUAAUAAAUCCUUACAAUGUCGGAGAUAGCGAACACAGAUCCCGAGGGGGUCGACGGAGUGCGGAUGACGUGGAACAUAUGGCCAAGCACGAAGGUCGAAGCGAGCAAGUGCGUGAUCCCACUCGCCGCCACAAUCUCCAUCAUACGCCCUCACACGGACAUCCCCCGCCUCCCAUACUCCCCGUUACGCUGCAAAACCUGCACCUCCGCCCUCAACCCCUUCUCGCGCGUCGACUUCACCGCCAAGAUCUGGAUCUGCCCCUUCUGCUAUCAGCGCAACCGCUUCCCCCCUCACUACUCCCAAAUUUCCGAAACCAACCUCCCCGGUGAGCUCUACCCUCAGUACACUACCAUCGAGUACACCGUCCCAACCGUCUCGUUAGACCCCGCUUCCCUAACGCACUCACAGGCGCCUCCGCCGCCUCCUCCGCCGGUCUUUGUAUUCGUCCUUGAUACCUGUAUGAUCGCUGAGGAAUUGGAAUUCGCAAAGUCCGCCCUCCGGCAGGCGAUCGAGCUGCUCCCGGAUAAUGCUCUCGUCGGAUUCGUGUCGUUCGGGACGCAGGUGCAGGUCCAUGAAUUGGGAUUCAGUGAUAUGUCUAAAGUUUAUGUGUUCCGUGGAGCGAAGGAGAUUUCCAAGGACCAGAUUUUGGACCAGCUGGGACUUGGAAGGGUGCCUCAGAAGGGAUUGGCGCAGGGCGGCCCCGGUGGUUUCGUUCCGGCUUCCUCUGGCGUUUCGCGGUUCUUGCUGCCUGCUUCGGACUGCGAAUACACUCUCAAUUCGCUACUAGAUGAGUUGCAGACUGACCAAUGGCCUGUCCCACCAGCCAGUCGUCCAGCACGGUGCACUGGUGUGGCUUUGAGUGUUGCGGCGGGUUUGCUUGGUGCUUGUAUUCCUGGGACAGGGGCUAGAAUCAUUGCGUUGGUUGGAGGUCCUUGCACUGAAGGACCUGGCACGAUUGUGUCAAAGGAUCUAUCUGACCCAGUGCGUUCUCAUAAAGAUCUUGAUAAAGAUGCAGCUCCAUACUUUAAGAAGGCAGUCAAAUUUUAUGAGAGUAUUGCCAAACAGCUGGUUAGCCAGGGUCAUGUUUUAGAUCUUUUUGCCUCUGCACUUGAUCAGGUUGGAGUUGCGGAAAUGAAAGUCGCAGUUGAAAGAACUGGUGGCCUUGUUGUCUUGUCUGAAAGUUUUGGUCAUUCAGUCUUUAGGGACUCUUUUAAGCGCGUUUUUGAGGAUGGGGAACAAGCUCUUGGUCUCUGUUUCAAUGGUACCCUCGAGGUAAAUUGUUCAAAGGAAAUCAAAAUUCAGGGAAUAAUUGGACCUUGCACAUCAUUGGAAAAGAAAGGGCCUUCUGUUGCUGACACUGUAAUAGGAGAGGGGAAUACAACAGCAUGGAAGAUGUGUGGUCUUGACAAGAGUACGUGCUUGACAGUGAUGUUUGAUCUUUCAUCAAGUGACCGGUCAAACACACCAAAUGCUGCCAACCAACAGCUGUACCUGCAGUUUCUUACAAGCUACCAGAGCCCAGAUGGUCAAUUAGUGCUUCGAGUCACAACAGUAACUAGAAGAUGGGUAGAUAGUUCUGUUAGCACUGAGGAACUGAUUCAAGGAUUUGACCAAGAAACUGCUGCCGUGGUAAUGGCUAGAUAUGCUUCUUUGAAAAUGGAGACUGAGGAAGCAUUUGAUGCCACACGGUGGUUGGAUCGAUACCUCAUUCGCGUCUGUUCUAAAUUUGGUGACUAUCGCAAGGAUGAUCCAUCAUCUUUUACAUUAAACCCUGCAUUUUCACUCUUCCCCCAAUUUAUGUUUAAUCUGCGGCGGUCACAGUUUGUACAGGUUUUCAACAACAGUCCAGAUGAGACUGCCUACUUCCGCAUGUUGUUAAACAGAGAAAAUAUUAGUAAUGCUGCUGUCAUGAUUCAGCCAUCGCUAAUAUCAUAUUCAUUCAAUUCACUACCUGGCCCUGCCUUAUUAGAUGUAGCAUCCAUCGCUGCAGACCGCAUUCUGUUGUUAGAUUCAUAUUUUAGUGUGGUAAUUUAUCACGGGAUGACAAUAGCUCAGUGGCGCAACUUGGGAUACCAGAACCAACCAGAACACCAGGCAUUUGCACAACUAUUACAAGCUCCACAUCAUGAUGCCCAAAUGAUAAUUAGAGAACGUUUCCCUGUUCCUAGAUUGGUAGUGUGCGAUCAACAUGGUUCCCAGGCUAGAUUUUUAUUAGCGAAGCUGAAUCCAUCAGCAACAUAUAAUAAUGCACACGAGAUGGCUGCGGGUUCAGACAUAAUCUUCACUGAUGAUGUGAGUCUUCAAGUUUUCUUUGAGCAUCUCCAAAGGCUGGCUGUCCAAUCUUAACGGCACAUAUCAGGACAUACUGACAGUUCAUGGGUUUUGGAAUUCAUACUAAGGAAUUGAACAAUGAUGUAAGUCCUGCAUCGCGCUGUUGUGCUGUUGUAUUCAGUCAUUUUUCCUUUCUUUCCUCUGUUCUUCAUGAAGAUAAGGUUCAAGAAUUUGGAGAAGGUAAGGAAUAUCUCAGAAAUAUGUAGGGUUUUGGUGGGGUUGAAUAAAGACAGGCAUGUAUAUAUUGAGUUUGAGAUAUUGCGCAAAAAAAAAAGGAUAUAAAAAUGAGUUAUAGAGCUAUCUCUGCGGCAAAAGCAAAAAGCAAAGGAGGGAGAUAUCAUGAGGUUUUUAUUUUAUUUUUGGCCUAGAUCUGAAUUUUCGUGUUCUUCAUCUGGAUUACUUUCUAUAUAGAUUUUUGUCUUCUUUUCUUUUCUUUUUCUUUUUUUAUUUUUAUAUAGGUUACAAAGUAACGAAAUUCAUUGUCAUGUCCAUGGAGGUUGUUCAGUUAUUCCCUCGUUAUUUUGUAUUGUAUAUUAUUAAGCUUAUAGAAUAGUAUAUAUCAUAUUGAAAA